UUGUUUAUAAUUUCCACGUGAUUCGUUUCUACGGUAACAGAAUUAUAAAUACAAUCUGUUCCAACUGAAUUUAGUCGCUUUUAACUUGUUAAUUAAACCGAUUUUUUCCUUUUAAUUCAAAAUGGAAAAGAAAACAAUCGAAAAUUUGGCAAAAACACUUGAAUAUGAAUCUCGGCUAUCUAAGAGCCAUGCUGAAAAAAUUAAAAGAGAUAUUAGAUCAGGUACUUUUAAUACAAAAAAGUCACGUCCAAUACCAGACAUUUCUUGUAUAUACAAGGAUCCUUUUAAAGACAGUGAACUUUUAAAAAUGAAACGAAAGAAGGAACUUGAGACCGAAUACAAGAAAAGGAUAAAAGAAAGAAUUAUUCAAAUACAAAAUAUGAAGGAAAAAGUAACACCUAAAUGCCAAUGUUCUAAAGAACUUCCACAUGAAAAUGAAUAUUAUCAAAACAUAAUUCGUAAUAGUGCACUAAGUGUGCCAAUUUCACCAAUAUCAGUAGAAUGGAUGAAUAAAAUUCAAAGUUUUAUACCAAUGCGAUUAAAAAGAAAUCCUCAGAUGAAAGAAUUUUUAGCAUGUGAAAUGUUAAAAUUUAAAGAUGAAUAUCAAAUUGGAAUGAGAGAGGCUGUGGUUAAAACAGUCAUUAACGUCAAACACAAAGAGGAACAAAUAAAUAUUAUAAGAUCACCAUUAAAAAUUGAUGAAGCUUGGAGAAACAGAUUCUGCAAUUCUCUGAAAUUAUUAAAUAAGAAACUUCAUAGAAUGAAUCGUAUAUCUUAUAGAAUUCUCAAAAUAUGUAAUAAAUAUUUGUCUACAACGACAAUGCUGGAGUUUUCAGAAAGAAGUUUACAACACUCAAUGACUAUAUCUGAAAUGCAUGAAGCAAUCCGACGUGAAUGCAAUAAGGCAGAAUUUGUAUUAAUGGAUGAAACAUGGUUUCAUGACAUUGUAAAAGUUCUUACAAAUGAUAUGAAGAAAGCAUUAAGUGAAUACAAGGGAGAUACUAGGGAAAGUUUGUUGAACUGUUGUAAUACAUUAUUGAGUAUCAAGGCAAAAACAGUUAUUGAACAAACUAUUGAAAAGUAUAUGUUGUUAUUUAAGGAUAAGUUAGUGGUUCGAUCAUAUAAGGCACCAUGGAAACCAGUACUUAAAGUAUCUCUGAUUGUAAUAAAUAAUGAAGUAUCUUUAAAUCCUACAAUAGUCGAACUUCAAGAAGCAUAUUUAGCAGUUAUUUCAAUUGUAAAUAGCAGCAUUAAAAGGUUACCAGUUUUGCAAUCAGUGUUAAAGGAAAUAACCCGUCCUUUAAAGAUUAAAGUGUCUUUGGAUGAUGAAACUUUCAACUGUAAACAGACUGAAUUGAAAACUUCAUUGGAACCUUUUUGUAAUGAGUUACAGGAAAGAAUUAAAUAUUUUGAAAGUGACAUUUUAUCAAAUUCUGCACACAGAGAUUCAAGGAAUCUUUAGUAAUGAAGAGCUUGCUAUAUUUUCUGUUGACUGCAAUAAUUUGAAAGAAACUUUAUCUUCUUUAACAAAUGAAUUAAUUACUGUACUUCUAGAUACUUUAACAACCAUGCAUACAGAAGACAA